AGUUAAAUAAGUGAAACGGUAUGACAAAAACAAAUGAUUUUCAUUGACUGAAACGAAUGCAUAUAAGUAACUACCUAUAAAUGAUUCGUUUAUGAUGAAUGUUUAUGGAAAAUAUGGAGGUAGGAAAAUAUAUAAUGGCAAAUCGAUCAGGUAUAAAAUUAAAGUUUCAAAGUCCAAGGAGAAUACUAUCCAUGGAAUCUAUCUUGGCUAUUUUGAUGAUGACAUAUAAACAAGUGAACACAAUAAAACAGUGCUAUAGAACAUCACAUUUUGGAUAUUAUAGUAAUUCAAUUGUUGAAUUCAUGAGUCGGUUGAUGCUAGACCUCUAUGGAAAACCUGGAAGCACUGGACGGUCGUUUCGUCCUAUUGUGGGAUUGAUUGUUAUUAAAUUUGAUAAAUAACCAGAUUAGCUAACUAUUUUAUCAUAGAACCAUAGUAUUUAUUCAUUAUUUAUUCUCUAUUCAUGAGUUUUUUCUCUGAAGAACUUUUCAAUGGAAAACUUGAAAACUGAUCUUAUGAAAUAUUUAUCAUUAAUAAUUCGACUACUUAAAUUAUUUUAUUAUUUUUUUUCACUUUAAUCAAUUGUAGCAUUAGUAACAGUUUGUUUAAUAAUUUAUAAAAGUAAUUAAACAUAAAUAAUUUUUAUAGUUGAAACAAUAUGCCUAGUAACUAAAACGUAUAUCUGGAAAAAGAAUUAGCAUAGAACAUAUAUGGUAAGUGAAAAUCAAAAUUCUCUACAAUAGUUUUUUUUUUGAAUGAUUAAGAAAAACAAUCAAAUUUUUACAUUUUAUGUUAAUCGAUUAAUGUGAUUGUAAUAAGAAUUUCAUAAAUAUAUCAUAUUCGGACGAGAAUAAAUGGAUAAUAACCAUCAGGAAAUACAUAUGGACUGAUAUUAUACAUAAAUCCAUAUUGUAUAACUAUUGAACGGUUAGAUUAUGUAUAUUCAUGUUCCUCUUCUUAUAAACUUUUAUUUGACUUAUUGACUAACUGUUAUUAUUGUUAUUAUACGAUUUCCUAUUCUUGAGCUAUUCUCAAUUUAUUAGUAAUAGUUUCUCAUAAUCCCAGCCACUUUUGGCUAGAUCUUGUACAAAUGCUAUUUUCUAUUUUAUGAUAUGAUGUGAUCUGAUUUGAUUGUAUAUAAACCUAGUGUGUUUGAAAUAUAUGAUUCAUAUCGCGGAGGCUGAGAUUGUUGUUUUGGACGUAACAGGAAGAGCCAGGAGGUAAAAGGUCCAAUCGAGAUCCUAGGCCGUUUAUAGAGGUAUAUAUAUCACUAGUUGGUCGUAUAAGUCAGCGUACUUAAAUUGACAAUCGUGUUUUGCGAUAAUCGUAUAAGCUAAGGAUAUUCCAACCUUUAGUUGUAAACAGUGUAAUGCUUCCUUUGAUGGUAAGAGAUUCUUCUACUACUGAAAUGGUUCAAGGCAAAACUAUUUCGAGUUUUGUUUUGCAUAGUUUUAUCCUCUAAAAUUCUGUGUUCAGUUGUCUAGAAAGUAGAAUACAACAGGACAAUAAUUUUCUUUGUUUAUAGAUUUUCGUCUGAUUUCAUAAUUUAAAAUAUACAGUCCCUUCUUGUCUACUUGUGUUAUCUGAUUUUAUAAACUGAAAGGAUUCAAACUGGAAAACAAGUAUAAUCAAUAUCAAUGUAUAUAGAAAAAAACAGAUGUUUCAAUGAAGCAUAAAUAUUUCAAAUACCCUUUUACAAUUACUUUCUUAUUGUCCUAGUUUUUGGACAGAUACUUUUUUUAUAAAAAAACAUUUAAUCAAAUCCAUGAAAAGUGUUUUAUCAUUUUCUUUUCUUUUUUAAAAAUACCGCUUUUUUUGAAAAGUUUAUUUAUUUUUG